CGUUCCAAAUUGUUCAUAAACGUGGAUGCAUGGUAUGGGCGACCCCAGCGCUCCUUCAAUAUUGCUCCCUCCCUACUAUCAUUAUACCAUCCACUUUCGUCAAAACGGCUAAUACAAGCAGGGAACCCCACUUAAUAGUAAUAUGAGCACUAUGUUCAACGGCGAUUCCCAAAUGGAGGUCAUCACAGUGCUUGCCAACUGCGGGACUGACACCGACAAGGCUAGGCAAGCUCUUACGACGUACAUAACACGAAAGCAAGAGAAAGGAAGGCCGACAGAACACAUCUUGAAAAAAUUGCGACAGCUGGAAUUGAAAUUCAUCAAUGACACCACUUUGCAUACCGCUUUCCGAGAUGCUAGAGCAUCUACGUGUCUUCCACGAUCUCCAGAUGUACCCCUGCCUGACUUUGUCCUCCGUGAAACGGCUGCGAGGACUCGCCGGGAUAGUCGUCAAAGCCUGUCGUCGCAGCGAGAUUUUGCAACUCCGAGUCCUAGUCCCUCCACCCCCAAAAGCUGGUUACAACCAUCUUAUUCGCCCGUUCAACAUGUAGGCUCAUCCAUAAUAGAGGAAGAUCGGAUUCAACCUGAGGAGGCUUCUCACAAUAUUUCCGAGACUUCGUUGAGGAGACCUUCGCUGCCACCCACCAAUGCCCCAGGAAGAUUGCCCGUACUAUCACCGUAUGCUUUUCAGAUCAGCUCCGGUCGCUCUCGCUCCUCUACUGUCCCAUCAUCGCCGAUGUCAUCAACAUUUACCCAUUCUCCAAAAAAACUCCGAACUUCGUACAAUUCUCCACCCCCGACGUCUCCCCUCCCCGAUAUUCCGCUAGAUGCAACUGACGACUAUGAUUCGCAUGGCCCGCGAUUUCACUUACCACCGCCAGCCAAAUCUCGUCCCUUUUCGUCUAGCUCCAGGAGCUCUUCUAGUUCGCAUUCUAGUUAUCUAAAUCCUCGUACACCCGAGAUUGUUCAACAACAUUAUCCUGGAUUCUCUUCACAGACAGCUGCGACCACCCGAGGCGACAUCAGUUAUCCACCACGGACAGAAAAGGAUUUACCCCAGCAACCGCUCGUCGUUAUGGAACAUUACCCUUCGGAGACGGACAUUCCUAGCAUGUUUUUACCCAGUCGAGAAGGCUCUUUUGACGCAUCCGAAAACUCAGGGGGUGACUCUCCCGUCCCGUAUCGCGAUUCACCUAUACUCCGCGAACGGCCUGCCAGUCAUAACCAAAAUUUCAGUUUUCCGCUAGACAACGCUCUGCAGCUGUGCAAUGCUUCUAUUGUUGUUCGCCGUGAGGUGACCCGGUGCCUCCAGCAAGACCAAGGGUACGAGCAAUAUAACUGGCCGACCGUCUUGCAGGAAUGUGGUAUAGCUGAAGAUGAUAUUCCAUUCCUUCUGAACGAGAUGGCUCGGGAAGUGGAGUUCACGGUAUCCAGGGCGUGAUUCAUACUUUAUAUUUAUUCUUAUUUGUCGCAUAUUUAUGGGGUUGCCAGCGUUCUGCUGAGCUGUUAUCUGAUCUGAUUUGGAG